AUGUUAAGUGAGCAAGAUCGUAACAUCAUCAAGGCCACUGUUCCCGUUUUGGAACAGCAUGGUGCCACUAUCACCAGUCUCUUUUACAAGAACAUGCUCAAUGAACAUGAAGAACUACGCAACGUUUUCAACAGGAUCAACCAAGCCCGUGGUGCGCAACCUGCUGCCCUAGCCACGACAGUCCUAGCCGCCGCUAAACACAUCGACGAUUUGUCUGUUUUGGCUCCCUAUGUAAAUUUGAUUGGCCAUAAGCACAGAGCAUUACAGAUAAAGCCAGAACAGUAUCCGAUUGUAGGCCACUACCUUUUGCAAGCCAUCAAGCAAGUAUUGGGCGAUGCUGCUACUCCAGAAAUAUUGAGCGCUUGGCAGAAAGCCUAUGGUGUCAUUGCAGAUGUAUUCAUCGAUUAUGAGGCACAGUUAUACAAGGAAGCGUUAUGGGAAGGCUGGCAACCAUUCAAAGUGGUAAGUCGUGAACAUGUGGCUGCAGACAUUAUAGAAUUUACAGUUGCUCCUCAGCCUGGAUCUGGCGUCGAGCUUUCUAAGAUCCCUAUAGUGGCAGGUCAGUACAUUACUGUUAACGUUCAUCCUACCACCCAAGGUAACAAGUAUGAUGCCUUGCGUCACUAUUCCAUCUGUUCAGAAUCAAAGGAUCAAGGGAUUAAGUUCGCUGUCAAAUUGGAGAAUUCCUAUGAGCACGCAGAUGGGUUGGUAUCUGAAUAUUUACAUCAUCAUGUCACUGUUGGGGAUCAGAUUUUGUUAAGUGCACCUGCCGGUGAUUUCACAUUAGAUGAAAGCUUGAUCAAGCAGGAGAAAACUCCAUUAGUUUUAAUGAGUUCUGGGGUUGGCGCUACACCGCUAAUGGCCAUGUUAGAAAGACAAAUUAAAGAAAACCCAAAAAGACCCAUAAUUUGGAUCCAGUCAUCCCACGAGGAAUCCAGACAGGCCUUUAAGCAAAAAUUGGAAGCUAUAUCAGAAAAAUAUGACAGUUUUCAAAAACUUGUCGUCCAUACAAGCGUUCAGCCACGAAUCGGUCUGCCUUUCCUACAGAAACAUGUGCCUUCUGAUGCCGACAUUUACGUUUGUGGGUCCCUACCAUUCAUGACAAGUAUGUUGGGUUACUUGGAUUCCUUGCAUCACAGAAACGUUCAUUAUGAACUAUUUGGACCCAAAAUGGUCACUGUCAAAGCAUAA